AAAUGAAGGAAUGGGGAUACGAAAUAGUUCUCCUUUUAAACCUUUGUUUGAAACCCUUAGAGAAGAAGUAAGAGAAAACUUGAAGGAUGAAGAAGGUAAACAGGAAAACAAUUACUACCAGCCACAGUUUGUAGAUAUAUUAACCAACCAGUACCUACCAUUGGUCAGCCUUUGGAGUGGUAUUAUGCUACAGACAGAAGGCAAAACCAGAGAUACGAAUGCUCAUGUAGAGAGUUGGAUGAACACCUUAAAGAAUUAUAUUCUGCUUAAGAAAGGACCGAUAAGAAUAGGCUUGUUUGCGCAAAAAGAGUUUUCCAUAGUCAAGGGACGUUUAAAAGAGUAUGUUGCGGAUGCCAAACUUCAAAACACUCCUAGAAAAACGAAUACCGAUAGAAAGAAUGAAUACAAAAAAAAGGAAGAAGAAAGAAACGGGGACCAAACGAUGAGUGAGGAGCUGACAGAAAGUGAUGAUGAUGUUAUAAAGCCCAAAAUACGAAGAAAACGAAAUCAUGAACAACGCGAAGAGGCUGAAGAGGAGUGGGGGAAGAAGAGACAGAGAAUGAAUAAAAGUAAAUCAUCGAACUAUAAGCCAUCAUUUGAAGUACCAGAACCUGAUUUAGAGAGACGGAAGAAGAAAAAUAUCGGAAAAAGGACACCGAAGAAAGGUAGAAUAUAUAAAGGACUUCAAAAUACAGACAAUACAUGUUGGUUGAAUUCAUCACUGCAAGCACUAAGAAGCUUCAGUACAUUUAAACUGCAGGCAAGAGACGAAAUCAACGUGGAAACAAGGAGUGCAUUGGAAUCCUUAAAUCAAAGAACUGAACCAGAAUUAUCAAGUCUAAAGGACCUUUUGGAGUCAAAACUUGGCCUUGUGAUUGGAGAAUAUCAUGAUGCAGCGGAUUAUGUUGGCCAUGUGUUAACGCAUGAGCCUGUGAAGUUGGAAGUUGUCUCAGAGUUUACUUGCCUCACAUGUAGAGAAGUGCAUACUACUAGAGAUGCUCAGAAAUACCUGAUUGCUGAGAUGCCAGGAAGAGAUCGAUUUAAUGUAUUGGAUGUGAUUGCAACUCAUUGUGAGCCUCAGGUUAUGGAAGAAGGGAAUGAGGUUUGUUGUUCUGUAUGUGCCAACUCCACAAGACAAGUAGUUCGACUGAAAAUCAACACUGAAGAAAGUGAUGUCUUAGUAAUUCAGUUAAAAAGAUAUAAACAUACUGACACAAAAUCACAGCGGACACAGAAAAUUAAUCAUCAGUUAUAUCUUAACAGGGUUUUGACUGUAGCAACAAGACAUAGCGUAGAUUACUUCCGACUUAGAGCAGUACAGAUGUUUCCCAUAUUGUUGAUGGAUGUCAAGUUAUUACAUUUAAUGAUACCAAAGUACAUUACCACCAAUACUCAUAUUUACAGACUGACUCAUUGCAGAGAAAUGCAUACAUACUGUACUACGAAAAGAUAGAGGUCACAAAUGUGUACCAGUCAUGCAAAUCAAAAGGAAAUUUUGG